AUGGCCUCAAGAGGAUUCUCCAAGGCUCUUCGCAGCCAGGUUGCCCGCCAAUUGGUCGCUCCCGCCCAGCGCCGCACCUUCGUCGCUGCCGCUGGUGCCGCCGCCCGCGCUACCGCCACCAAGCAAGCCCGCCCUGCCCUCGCUGGCCACCAGCAGGUCCGCGGUGUCAAGACCAUCGACUUUGCCGGUGUCCCUGAGCAGGUUUACGAGCGUGCCGACUGGCCCAAGGAGAAGCUCCUUGAGUACUUCAAGAACGAUACCCUCGCCCUCAUCGGCUAUGGCUCCCAGGGUCACGGCCAGGGCCUCAACCUCCGUGACAACGGCCUCAAUGUCAUCAUUGGUGUCCGCAAGAAUGGCCAGUCCUGGAAGGACGCCCAGCAGGAUGGCUGGGUUCCCGGCAAGAACCUCUUCGAGGUCGACGAGGCCAUCUCCAAGGGCACCAUUGUCAUGAACCUCCUCUCCGAUGCCGCCCAGAGCGAGACCUGGCCCGCCAUCAAGCCCCAGAUCACCAAGGGCAAGACCCUCUACUUCUCCCACGGCUUCUCCCCUGUCUUCAAGGACGUCACCGGCGUUGACGUCCCCACCGAUGUCGAUGUCAUCCUCUGCGCACCCAAGGGCUCCGGCCGCACCGUCCGCUCUCUCUUCCGCGAGGGCCGUGGCAUCAACUCCUCGUACGCUGUCUACCAGGACGUCACCGGCAAGGCCGAGGAGAAGGCUCAGGCCCUUGGUGUCGCCAUUGGCUCCGGCUACCUCUACAAGACCACCUUUGAGAAGGAGGUCUACUCUGACCUCUACGGUGAGCGCGGCUGCCUGAUGGGCGGCAUCCACGGCAUGUUCCUCGCCCAGUACGAGGUUCUCCGCGAGCGCGGCCACUCCCCCAGCGAGGCUUUCAACGAGACCGUCGAGGAGGCCACCCAGUCUCUGUACCCCCUGAUCGGUGCCAACGGCAUGGACUGGAUGUACGAGGCUUGCUCCACCACCGCCCGCCGCGGUGCCAUCGACUGGUCCCCCAAGUUCAAGGACGCCCUCAAGCCCGUCUUCAACGACCUGUAUGACUCUGUCCGUGACGGCACCGAGACCAAGCGCUCCCUCGACUACAACGGCCAGCCCGACUACCGCCAGAAGUACGAGGCCGAGAUGGAGGAGAUCCGCAACCUCGAGAUCUGGAGAGCCGGCAAGGCCGUCCGCUCUCUCCGCCCCGAGAACCAGAAGUAA